UUUUCUGGAAGUGAAGGAAAUCAAAAAAAGAACAAGAGGCAACUGUAACGCUAGUAACAGGCCCACAGUCGCCUAACCCUACCAGUACUGCUGCCCCACGCAUAAUACUACACGCAUAUAUAUAUAUAUAUAUAUAUAUGGUAGAAAAUUUCGUCGGCGCUUUCUUGCCUCGAUUGCAUUUCCGUCUUGAUGAAACGCCAGAACAUUCGAACGCUCUCUUUAAUCGUAUGCACCCUCACUUAUCUGCUCGUGGGGGCAGCCAUCUUCGACGCCCUGGAGAGCGAUUAUGAAGUCAAGCGAAAAAAUACGUUGACAUAUAUUGAGAAGAUGCUGAUGGAUAAAUAUAACAUUUCUGAAACGGAUGCCAAGAUUUGGCAAACAGUUAUGGUGAAAACGGCCAAUCGUGCGGUUCGUCAGUGGAAGUUUACCGGGGCUUUCUAUUUUGCUACAACAGUGCUAAGCACAAUUGGAUACGGACAUUCUACGCCUGCCACGUGGGGUGGCAAAACUUUUUGUAUGUUUUACGCACUUGUGGGCAUUCCGCUCGGCCUGGUCAUGUUUCAGAGCAUUGGAGAGCGUCUAAAUACGUUUGUCGGAUACCUGCUUAAGCAUGCCAAGAAGUGCGCAAGGUUACGGAACACAGACGUGUCGGAAACGAACCUUGUCUGCUUCGUUUCAAUAUUGUCAACCGUUGUUAUGACAACGGGCGCCGCUGCAUUUUCCGCAUACGAAGGAUGGGACUAUUUUGAUUCGUUCUAUUACUGCUUUAUCACACUCACCACCAUUGGUUUCGGAGAUUAUGUAGCACUUCAGUCUAAAGAGCAUUCGCUCCAACGGGUAGAAUACGUGGCCUUUUCGUUAGUGUUUAUCCUGUUUGGUUUAUCAGUGGUAUCUGCGGCCAUGAAUCUGCUUGUUCUUCGAUUCCUCACGAUGAACACUGAAGACGAACGGCGCGAUGAGGCAGAGGCUAUUAACGCAGCCUUGGAAGCCGUGCGCCUCGAGGGUGACGUCAUUACUGCAAACGGAUCCAUUAUUUCCGGCCAUAUGGGCGGUUAUCGAACAAACCUCGGCAAUUUGGGCGGUGGACUAGGCGGAGCCAGCGCGACCGGUUCUAACAGCGAUAUUACCUCGGUGUGCUCGUGUACAUGCUAUGCCCAUCGACGACCCAACAACAACGCCGUCUAUCGAAAAACGCUACAAGCCGCUGCUGCGGCUGCUGCCAGCUCCCGGCGGUCUUCCUUGGCAAUAGCGCGACGCUUAUCAGUCAAGUAUUCACCCUCGCAGCUGGUACAUAUGCUGUCCGCGGUACCGGACCUCCCAUCAGGUCAGCAUCGUCCACUCCAUUCAUUGCGGCAAAGUGACGACCCUAUAGGAAUGGAAGGAAUUAGCCUUGACAACAAUGGAUUACAGAGUGUGCCCGUUAGCGGGGGUCAAGUUCGAACAGCAUCACGAGGGGCAUCCCCUGCUCCUGGAGGAAGGCCAUACUCAGCCAUCGAUCACCUGGACGCCAUACAGCAGCCUCAGCAUAUGCAUCACGAUUCAUUACUAGACUAUUCCGAUCAAACCCUAUUACAGCCGACGCUACCCUACACGCUUCUUCCUGCAGCAGGUUGCGGCUGUGGGACUAUGGCGAGUAACCUCUAUUAUCCCAUAAUAGCACAUGGCGAUCCUGACGAGCCGCUUUACCAUCGCCCACACCCCCCGCAUAUUGGCUUUGCUGCAGCCGCAAUGCAGCGUCAACAUCGAGCAUCCAUCUGACAUGAGCCCAUGAUCAUAGGUAAGGAACAAUUACUGCGCGAUCAGCAACUACUAAAUGAGAGACUAGGGUGGCCAGACCAUAUGCUAGAUACAGGGGAGCCAGAACUGUACGCUUUCAAUGACAGCCCGAUCGACGGCGAGUUCGAAGACGCCACCGACCACGAGUCAAUCGUGCCACACGUAAACGAAGUUAUCGAUCGGCAAUUACUUGAAAAUGACGAAACGGACAGAAAUAUGUGUGUUAACAUGGCAGGCAGCGAAAGUGCUUGUUCUACUAGAACUCUGCUUAAGAAAAGGGCAGUUAAUGAAGACGACAAAUCUUUAGAAUUACCCUCCCAUUCCAUGCCUCCCUGUUAUCAGAUUAGCCUGAAAGAGGUUCUGCUAUAACACGCAGCCCGACCCAAGUGUACAUAUGAUCUAUACAUACACGAUGUAUUGAAGGCUACAGCAAAAAUCGAUGAAACUCUAUGUGUAUACCAGUUACUUAUGUGUAUAGUGAUACAGGAUAGCUUUGAGACGUCGGAGACAGGAAUAUUGCACACCAGAAACACAGACCUGAAUUGCUCGAUUUUUAGAGAAUGGGUUAUUCAUGAGCCUUCUGACCUAUUAUUAAUAUUGGCCUUCCCCAGCGUAACAAAUCAACAACAAGAAAAGAGAUCUCGAAACACGUUACUGCCCGAAGGUAUGUUACUGGAAGCGACCUGAUACAGGAACUUUCAAAGAAGAGAAAACAAAGCUUCAGGUCACAAUGUUUCACUUUAUAACUAAUAGCCACAUUCAUCCAUUCACUAGAUUAUGAAUGAUUUUUUGUCAGACUCACGAUCAUCACAUGAGAAGUGUUGAAAGGCAGCUAAGUGCCGUUGAACGAAGCGAAGGCCAUCGUGGGUUUUUGAAUAAAUAAAUAAAUACUUAAUCGAUCAAAAUAGCUGAAACAAAUUAGAAAGAUUUUUACCAACGUAUAUCAAACAUAAAUAUUAGGUGAAUACUUAAUACAGCUCAUACUGUAACGUAGGCCGCGGACGUGCACCGACGUCCGACAGUGCCGAAAUUGCGCCUUUUGUAUACGACCCGACUAUCUCAUUUUUGUGCACUAUUUUACGAUAAAAAUCUACCUUUCCAGGACGUCGAUUGUACAAAUGGCCUUUAUGAUAACUAAAACAAUUGACGCAAACGUUUGAGCAUAUUACACAAGAAACAUACGGUAGUUUAAACUGUGGGCUCCCGAGUCAUCGAUUCAUAUUGAGAAGCUGAAAUCAGAAUUAUACUAUUGAACAUUCUUCACCGAUCGGUAGUGUUGGACACACACCCGCGAGGUCGAGACUCGGCCUUCACUUGAGAUCUAGCAAAUUUUCAAUUAAGUUAAUUUUGCAUCAUUGGUUCGGCGCGCAGUUACUUUUGCGGUGUGGAUCAAAUCGUGCCAUGCAAAAUAACUUGCCCAGUGUAACAAUUAAAGUAUGCCACGUAGCCUGAAUAGGUUAUUUGGUUUUUCCUAGCCAACAGUUUGUCCUAGUACAUAUCGGGAAACUAUGCCGUUUACGAAAUACUCGAUACCGUUCGCAUGGCAGAGCGUGAAAAAUUCAAAAUGUUACUUAGACGAACUAUAUAACAUAUAAGGCAAGUAUCCUAGCAAUAUCCUUAAAUGAUACUACGGCUUUUCAUUGGAAUAUUAAACAUGAGUUGUGAGGGGUUAAGUCGGCAUUGUAGGAGUAAGCUCUUUUUUGUCAAGUACAUUUAUAAUUCUCUGUAACGAAUACGCUUGAGAACGCUAUGAUUGCUUUCAAUUAAACUACCUCAAUCACCUCAACUUAGGGCCUUCGAAACUUCUCAUGACAAUUUCUCGUAAGGUCACCGCAAACAGCAAAUGCUGCAUUACAUGGAUGAUUGUAGACUAACGGUCAACGGGAUAUCACACAGAGGGUCCAAGCAAACGCUAUGGCAGCAAGCAUAUUGAAGAGACGAUAAAUAAUCCGUUCCUGCAAAAACAGCCUGUCGAAAAAACAUGUUCUUGUAUCACGAACAAACAAAAGACAUUAAAUCUACAUAGUUACCGAUAAUUAACGUUUAUGAACUAAUUGAUCGUUUACGAAAUAUAGGGAAGUUUCCAAAAUGGCUGCGGUCGCAGUAAACCAAGCUUCCAGAAAAAGCUGUGAAGUAUGUCAAGUUGUUUUAUUAGGAUAUGACGAGAACAACUGCGCAUUCGUUGCCCAUUAAUUCGUUCGUUCACAUAAAUAGCAACUGGUACACACUCGUUUUUAUAUAUGUAUGAACCCAUGUUGAUAAUUAUGAACCCUCUAGGACUGUGGCAAUGGUGAAUAUAUUACGUACUAAAUUUCCAAGCUGAACGAUGAAGGGGAAGAUAGAAGUGAAAUUCUUGCGGAAGUCAUCGUGCGCAUAAAAACAUCCGUGUACGAUUUGAGCUGUCAGGACAAGUAAGGACAUGAUCGUAUGUGACGGUGAAACUAAUACACACAACGGUAUCCUUAAACAAAACUAAAAACAGGAGAAUCCAUCCUCGUGAUAGCCCAGUGGGUAACGUGUUCGUCUUCUAAACCUAAGGGCACGUGGUGAACUAGGUUCGAAUCAGCGCAUAGACACUUGCGCCGUCUGAGCUAACGAUUGAUGACUUAUUUACCGGACGAAAAAUACGAACAAAAAAGAAGCAAGGGCAACCAGUCGGUUAAUGGUUGAUCGAGCUCGAAUCGAAGGAGGGAAGUAAGGGUCAAAGGUAAACUUAGAACGAGGUUAGGCGCACGUAUGGCCUGUAAGUGGUAUUGUCUAGAGAAUUCGAAGGAAAUGAAUCGUCCACCCAUUCGUCUAGGCUGUGCCUGUCAAAGCAGCCUGUAAAAUUGAUCGCCCGUCGAAUCGAACGGUAACAAAAAGUAUAUAUACAUAUAUGAGAAUUGUAUUUACCUACUAUUAAUAUAAGAAGAUAGUGGUGAUUACACCGGGAGAAGUUUAUUAUGAAUAAAUUUUCAAUGUGAAUUAUAGGCUUAUUUGAA